AUGAAGAGAAUUCCUCGUAUCAAAUUUCCUCAGAGACAUUCUAUUUCUUCAGGUUCUGGACCGGCGCCGGGAACUCUUUCCGGCGGCAAGAAAAAUGUGACGGCGAGUUCGGAUGUACCGGCGGCUCCGAAGAACGCAGCUGAUGGAGGAAAAGCAUCACUUCAGCCCAAACGCACACCUGUCUCCGACAAGGAAAUCGAAUCUAUAAUGUUGGGUGGUUGCAUCUGA